UAUACAUUUUGCAUUUAAACAACUGAUCAACAGAAAGAUGGAAGGCAAAACUAUGAUUUUAGGUUUGCUCAUAGUGAGUCUUGUCAUGGCACAGAUACAAGUCGAAGCAAAGAGUUGUUGUCCGAACACGACUGCUAGAAAUUGUUACAAUGUAUGCCGUUUACCUGGAACUCCUAGGCCAACUUGUGCAAGCCUCUGCGGAUGCAAAAUUGUCGAGGGGCCAACAUGUCCUCCAGGACCACGUGACAUUCUCGAAAACUCUGGUGAUGCUUUUAACGAAUACUGCAAGUUGGGUUGUGCAUCAUCUGUGUGUGGUGCCUUAACCACUCUCCAGAAUUCCGAUGCAAAUGAAGUUGUGAAUGGAGCAGCUGUACAAUGCACCAAGGCAUGUUCUGAGUUAUGUACCAAGGGCUCAUCCAAUGCAGUUGAAACUGUAUAAGAAGCACAUCCAUGAUCUAUGUGUUGUUGUUUUCCCAGUUUUCAAUAAUUUUCGUGUAAGUGACCAAAAAAUGCUAGACACUUGAGCUAGCCUUCUAAAUAAAGAAUAAUAAUGUGA